CAGCAAGAGUUCAGUACGUUUCCACCAAUAGCAAGCGCGAGGGGGAAAAGACUGGGCUAGUUUUGAAGUUAAAGUAGAUAACUGUGAUUCUAAGGUGAUUUUGAUCCCUGGUUAACCUAUUUAAUCCCAUCGGUCACAAUAGUGACCGUAAAAAACGUUUUCAGUUAUAAGGCUCUAAACACGUUACUGAAUGAUGUAUCAAUGCAUUUCCAGCAAAUAUUGCGAUAAUAAAGGGUCUCAAUGAAAGAUGUGCAGUGUCACAUGUUUAGUGUAAAUUGUCACAUGACCAGAGCUGUUUACUUCCUGGUUGCACCAUGAGAAGAGGAUGGCUGCAUCAAAGCUCCCAAACAAAAGUUUCACUUUGAGUCAAGUUCUGGAUAUGUUGGAUCUAGGUGACCACCCAGACAAGCCAUGCAACAUUGUAGUUAUCCCUCAAAAUGAGAAAGAUGCUGUCCUCAGUGAUUGUGAUAGUGAUGGGUCAGAUAUGGACUAUGAGGGGGAGACAGGCCAUUUGCCAGCCAGGCUGUUGAAUGUAUAUGCUGAACCUAUGCAAACAGAUCAUGACAGGAACAACGUUAUCAGUGAUGAUGACCUACCCCUCACAACCCCCCCUCCUCCCCCAUCCACCACGCUCCCCCACCCCUCCCCCCCGUUGAUAAUGAAGAGCCAACGGCCUCUACUCGCCAGAGGGUCCAGUCAGAAGAGCCAAGGGCAAAGCUGCAGGUCGUCAAAAAUAAGGAUUGAGUGUUCAAACGAUCGAAGAGGCCUGCCACCGCUGUGAUUCCAAAACACAUUGUAUACAGCCCAAAUGCUGCAGAAUGUGUCAAACAAAGCUGUCCCAACCCAAUGGAUGUUUUCCUACUAAUGUAUCCACCCACCCUAAGAGAGAUCACCAUUGAAAUGUCCAACCUCUACUCCACCCAGACCAAGGACAAGCAACUGUAUCUGAGUAUGGAUGAGCUCCUUACAUUCUAUGGGAUCCUUAUCACAUCUGGGUACAGCUCUGUUCCAAGAAGACACAUGUACUGGUCACUUGACAGUGAUGUACACAAUGAAAGGAUUUCAGAUUCAAUGCGGAGAAAUCGCUUUGAUGAAAUAAUGGCCUCAGUUCAUGUGGUUGACAACACAAAGAUCACUGACAACCCAUUUUUUAAGGUUAGGCCCAUCUUCUCUGAGCUCAAUCAGUCAUACAAAGUCAUGCCAUUUCAGGAAUGGCUGUCAGUGGAUGAGAGCAUGAUCCGAUACUAUGGCCGACAUGGAUGUAAGCAAUUCAUUAGAGGUAAACCAAUCCGUUUUGGUUACAAGCUAUGGAGCCUUGCCUCAUCCAGUGGUUACAUGUAUCACAUGGAGCCAUAUGGUGGAUCCCACACACUCCUCCCUGAGACUGGGCUGGGUCAGGGACCCAGUGUCGUUCUCGGUCUUGCAGAGCAAUCUCAGGUGCCUCAAGGUUGCAAGUUCCUUCAUGACAACCUCUUCACUUCGCUUGCACUCCUCGAUGAAAUGACAAAAAGAGGAUAUGGGAGCUCUGGAACGAUGAGGCAGAAUCGUCUGUUUGAUGUCCCAUUCAAGCCACAGAAGGACUUCAUGAAGUUACCCCGGGGAACCUCUGAGGUUCUGACCCAAGGAGACAAGUUGCUGGUCCGUUGGAAAGACAAUAACAUUGUCACAGUGGCAACAAACGUGGAGGAGAAAUACAGUGAGACCUCUGUCAAGAGAUGGAACAAGGAGCGACGUGCCUUUGUCAAAGUCCCACAACCAAAAUGCAUCAACCGAUACAAUGAGCACAUGGGUGGUGUUGAACCUCACAACCUACAGGUUUCAAGAUACCAUAUCUCGAUCAGGUCUAAGAAGUGGUGGUGGCCCAUCUUUGCAUGGUCUCUCAACAGUGCACUCGUAAACAGCCAUUUCUUUUAAAGAGACGUUAUGGGAGGGACCAUCGACCUGCUCACCUUCUCACGGAUAGUGGCACAGUCUCUUAUGCAAAAGUUUGGCCCGAAACCACUGAGCCACGGAAGGAGAUCUCUACUGGCUGCUCCUGUUGAAGAUCAGGCAAGAUAUGACAAAGCUUCUCACUGGCCAAUCAACGCAAUGCACCGGUUCCAGAGAUGUCGUCAUUGUGACAAACGCACUACCUAUGCAUGUGAAAAAUACAAAGUGCCACUGCACAUUGAGUGCUUCAAGAUAUACCAUGGACAGGUGAAGGAGAUAGGAGUGAAUGAAAAAGCCAAUAAAAGAAAAAUAGAAAAGUCGAUAAAGGGUGAGGUGAAGCAGUACAACGGACUCUAGGAAGAAAAGAAAAGUAGACGAAAAAGACAACCAAAAUGACUGAAAUGUUUUUGGGAAAAAAGGUCAAUUAGGUCUGACUGAUCACAGUUCAAAAUAGUGAUGCACAAACUAAUCGUGCACUUGGUUCAGAAGCCUACCUCUAUGAUAUAUAUUAUUUUGUCCAGUGUAGGCUUCUACUUGAAUGCAUAUUCUACAGGCUACCUCUAUCCUAAAUGUUCCCUGUAUGUUCAAUGUGAAUGAAUAACACAACUGCUAUACAGUUGUUAGUGAAUGUUGCACUAAAAUGUCACAAUGACAAUGUUACAAUGAGUAUUGCACUAAAGUACAAGUUCAAAUGUUACAAUAAAGUUACAAUGUUAAUGUUUCAAUACAUGUUACAAUAAAGUAACAAUGUUACAAUGUAUGUUACAAUAAAGUAACAAUGUUGAAAUACGUU